CCGAAUACAAUCAUACAUAUACCUGAGCCCUCAUAUUGCUACAUCCACCAGGGCGAUUCACUGUAUACGUUUGCACGAACAAAACGACAUUACACAUAAGCAUGCACUAGGUGACGCGCAUGCAUAUGUACUCGCUAACUACCAAUCGGAUACACCCACUAAGUGACACACAGAUAUACGUGUAUACUGAGUAAUACGCAUACACACUCAAUCUCUAACACUAAACCCUGACCCCUAACACGCAUAUAUACUCACCUACUAGCUAACGUAUUUGCACACCCUUCUUAGCUAAAGCACAUGUACAUUCUAUCUCUCUCUAUAUACGCAGAUGGACGACGAUGAGGCUGGGGAUACCUACAACAUGGACGGCGAUGACUUAUAUGGCGAUGAUAUGUAUGACGAUCUCUACAACGCUCCCACUGAGGCAAAGACUGUGUCGGAGGCACGUGUGAGUUGUAUUGCAUCGUGUAUGGGGGUCCAACGAACUUGUGUAUAA